UGCGCGGGGGGCGCGGGGCGCGGGCCUCGGCGGCGGCGGCGGCGACGGCGGCGGAAGGCUUGUGCCCCCGCCCGCCCGGUCUUCUCGCAGAGGCGGAGGUAGCGCGCGCCGGCCGUAGCUGAGCGGGCGCAGGCGCGGGGGGCGGCGGCGCGGGGGAGGCGCGGGGUCUCGGAGCGAGCGCGGCCCGCCGGGCGCCGCCGACCCGGCCCAGCCGACGGACGGACGGACUCGCGCGGACGCGGCCCCUCCCUGCCGCCGCCCGCCCGCGCCCGCCCGGGGCGCCCACCUCGCCGGCGCCGGGCCCGGGAGCGAUGACAUCGACGGGGAAGGACGGCGGCGGGGCGCAGCACGCGCAGUAUGUGGGGCCCUACCGGCUGGAGAAGACGCUGGGCAAGGGGCAGACAGGCUCUGAGGCCUGCUGUCCCCCCAGGCCUGGUGAAGCUGGGGGUCCACUGUGUCACGUGCCAGAAGGUGGCCGUCAAGAUCGUCAACCGGGAGAAGCUCAGCGAGUCUGUGCUGAUGAAGGUGGAGCGGGAGAUCGCGAUCCUGAAGCUGAUCGAGCACCCCCACGUCCUUAAGCUGCACGACGUCUAUGAAAACAAAAAAUAUUUAUACCUGGUGCUAGAACACGUGUCUGGUGGAGAGCUUUUUGACUACCUGGUCAAGAAGGGGAGGCUGACCCCCAAAGAGGCCCGGAAGUUCUUCCGCCAGAUCAUCUCUGCGCUGGACUUCUGCCACAGCCACUCCAUAUGCCACAGGGAUCUGAAACCAGAAAACCUUCUGCUGGACGAGAAGAAUAACAUCCGGAUCGCAGACUUCGGCAUGGCGUCGCUGCAGGUUGGCGACAGCCUGCUGGAGACCAGCUGCGGGUCGCCCCACUAUGCCUGUCCAGAGGUGAUCCGGGGGGAGAAAUACGAUGGCCGCAAGGCAGACGUGUGGAGCUGCGGCGUGAUUCUGUUCGCGCUGCUGGUGGGGGCGCUGCCCUUCGACGACGACAACCUGCGGCAGCUGCUGGAGAAGGUGAAGCGCGGCGUCUUCCACAUGCCGCACUUUAUUCCGCCCGACUGCCAGAGCCUGCUGCGCGGCAUGAUCGAGGUGGACGCGGCGCGGCGCCUCACGCUAGAGCACAUUCAGAAACACAUAUGGUAUAUAGGAGGCAAGAACGAGCCGGAGCCGGAGCAGCCCGUCCCCCGCAAGGUGCAGAUCCGCUCGCUGCCCAGCCUGGAGGACAUCGACCCCGACGUGCUGGACAGCAUGCACUCGCUCGGCUGCUUCCGGGACCGCAACAAGCUGCUGCAGGACCUGCUGUCCGAGGAGGAGAACCAGGAGAAGAUGAUCUACUUCCUCCUCCUGGACCGGAAGGAAAGGUACCCGAGCCACGAGGACGAGGACCUGCCACCCAGGAACGAGAUAGACCCGCCCCGGAAGCGCGUGGACUCUCCAAUGCUCAAUCGGCACGGCAAGCGGCGGCCCGAGCGGAAGUCCAUGGAGGUGCUGAGCGUGACUGACGGCGGCUCCCCCGUGCCCGCGCGGCGGGCCCUGGAGAUGGCCCAGCAUGGCCAGAGUAAAGCAAUGUUCAGUAAAAGCCUGGAUAUCGCUGAAGCCCACCCCCAAUUCAGCAAAGAAGACAGGAUGGCUGGCGCCCAGGGGUCCAGGUCCAUCAGCGGUGCCUCCUCAGGCCUGUCCACCAGCCCGCUCAGCAGCCCCCGGGUGACCCCUCACCCCUCUCCAAGGGGCAGUCCCCUCCCUACCCCCAAGGGGACGCCUGUGCACACGCCCAAGGAGAGCCCGGCCGGCACGCCCAACCCCACGCCGCCGUCCAGCCCCAGCGUGGGAGGGGUGCCCUGGAGGACGCGGCUCAACUCCAUCAAGAACAGCUUCCUGGGGUCACCCCGCUUCCACCGCCGGAAACUGCAAGUUCCGACGCCCGAGGAGAUGUCCAACCUGACCCCGGAGUCGUCCCCAGAGCUUGCCAAGAAGUCCUGGUUCGGGAACUUCAUCAGCCUGGAGAAGGAGGAGCAGAUCUUUGUGGUCAUCAAGGACAAGCCGCUGAGCUCCAUCAAAGCGGACAUCGUCCACGCCUUCCUGUCGAUCCCCAGCCUCAGCCACAGCGUCAUCUCCCAGACGAGCUUCCGGGCCGAGUACAAGGCGACGGGGGGCCCGGCCGUGUUCCAGAAGCCGGUCAAGUUCCAGGUGGACAUCACGUACACGGAGGGCGGGGCCGCGCAGAAGGAGAACGGCAUUUACUCGGUCACGUUCACGCUCUUGUCUGGCCCGAGCCGCCGCUUCAAGAGGGUCGUGGAGACCAUUCAGGCCCAGUUGCUGAGCACACAUGAGCAGCCCUCUGCCCAGCACUUGUCAGACACCACUAACUGUAUGGAAAUGAUGACGGGGAGGCUUUCCAAAUGUGGCAGCCCAUUGAGUAACUUCUUUGACGUAAUUAAACAACUUUUUUCAGACGAGAAGAACGGGCAGGCGGCCCAGGCCCCCAGCACACCCGCCAAGCGGAGUGCCCACGGCCCACUCGGGGACUCCGCGGCCGCUGGCCCCGGCCCUGGAGGGGACGCCGAGUACUCAGCGGGCAAGGACGCGGCCAGGACGGGGCUGCCCGCCGCCCGCCGGGAGCAGCCUUAGACAGACACAUAGCCCCCUCCCCUCGCGCGGCCCGCCGCCCGCCCCGUGUGGACCGAGGGCCACGCCCUUCUGUCCGUCUAGACUGUCGUGAAGCCGGGGAGGAAAGGAAAGGGGGCCCCGGGGUCUGCAGCCCAGGCCGGGCCGCCCGGGCCCGCUCUCUCUUUCUCUCGCUGUCUCUCUCUCUGCCUGUCUCUGACAACGCCACUGUCUCCACUCUGAUACCAGGAAUUAUCCCGAAAAGUUAACAUGUCACCUCCACGAGGCCGUCCUCCGUGCUCUGCGCCGGACUCUGGCUGACCGAAGGCAGCUGCCGCAGACCCGCCCUCCUCCCGCCGCCCGCCCGCCCGCCCGCCCGCGCGGCAGCUCUGCCCAGUUUCAGCUCCGCAUGGCCAUGGGGAGGAGGACCCGGGCCCCCCGACUGGACGCGCGCUGACCAGCGCCCUCGGCCGGUCCAGCCGGCCUCCGGGGCGGGCCCGAGGGGGCGAAGCAGUCGUCUGGCCCGGCCGCCUCGGCCUCUUCCCGGCGCGCCCCACCCCUCCCUGCCGCUCCUCGUCCACAUCCAUGCACCUCAGCGCUGCCCACCUGACCCGCCGCGUCCCACCCCAGCUCCCUGGGCGCCGCAGGUGGAAAGAGACCCAGGGCCGAGCGUGCCCGCCCGCCCAGAGGCUGGCUGAGAUCAGUAUUAUUUAUUUGCUGUUUUAACUUAUUGAGUUUCUUCUCUGUUCAGGGAAGGGGCAGCAGCAGCGCCGUCCUGCCGUCUGUCCAUCCGUCUGUCUGUCUGUGUGUGUGUGUCUUGGGCAGGGUGGGGUCUGGGCCGAGGUGCCCCGUGGACAGAGCCGUUGGGGUGCUGGGGGCAGCCGGCCGGUGCAGCGCCGGCAAGCUACUGUAAACUUUAAAGAAUUCCUGCAAGAUAUUUUUAUAAACUUUUUUUCUUGGUUGUUUUUGGAGAAGGGUGUUGGGGUGGGGGGGCGGGCCGCGGGGCAGGGCUAGACUUGGAGUUCGGUUCUUUCUAUACACACACAUAUAAAUAUAUUUAGAGAAUGGCGUGGUUCGCUCUGUCCCAGGUUCGGUCCCAAGGAGACGCAACUCCAUCCUGGGGGGCCCAGGCCGGGGCCCAUCUUGGUUUUGUGUCCGAGUGUGGGGCCCGGGGAAGGCCCGAGUUGGCCCCCUACACGUAACACGCAAGACGGCAGGGGGCAUUGCAAGGGUUUUUUUUUUUACUAAAAUGACAAAAAGUUAAAAAAAAAAAAAAACAACCAAGGACAAAGAAAGGCAGCGAGUCACUGCACCCGGAGGGCCGCGCGGCAGGCGGGGUUGCAUGCCCGCGCCGCCACAAGGCCACGUCGCGUCCACCUGCCUGCUCGCCCGUCGUGGAUACAUUUUAAUGCUUCUGUUCCAUUGACCCCGCCCCAGGCUGGGAUCUCAGUACAUAACAAAAACCGAAACACCUAUAACAGCAAAGCCACGCGGCCCCGUUGGAGGGGCUCCUCCAGAGACGAGGACCGGAAAGCAAUACCUCUCCUUAGCCUCCCUCUUUUGUACUCGGACACACACAGACGUCACGGAAUUGGACGAGCCCCACCCAGUGUACCCCAUCAAAUAACUGUGAGCAACUUUAGUUCCGAACAAUAAAUUCCUUCCGUAAAGUCA